GACAAAAGCCCUCAGUUUGCAUUGCCUUGGGCUUCAAUUGACAGACCUCAACUCUCUUGUUUUGGAACUUCAUUUCAUCAGCACUAGUAACUGCAAUGAAGAGUUCCAUGGUAUUGGCUUCUGUCAUCCUCCUGAUCAUGGCAGCAACAGCUCAUGGACUUAGGCUGGACAUGGGGUUGCAUGCAGCUCUGAACAAUGAGGGGAUGCUGAACUCCAAAUGGCAGUCAACUGCUAACCGUCCGAUCGACACGCGUCGCGCAUCCAACGACAGGCGUGGCCCAGGUAGAAGUAGAACGAGGCCACCGAAGAUGAGCAAUCCCCAUGACAUGGAUCCAAGGUUCAGUGAGGACUACUCCGGGCCCGGUGGUCAUUCACCGAAUCACCACCGAACAACUCCCUGCGGUCCAUGCUAGAUUGCAAGUAGCAGAUAGAUCAUAGAUGAUGAAAACUUGUCCAGUUUUCUCUGAAGAUGCUACCUCCAUCAAUCUUCAGAAAGAUGAACUGGACCAUGUGAGCUCUGUGGCUCACUAGUUUUUCAGCACAUUAGUUAGUUCUGAAGAGUAGUUUUUCUUGUAUGAUUUGAUUAUGUCCAAUUGAAUUCAGCUUCAGUCUGAA